GCAGUGGCAGAGGCUGGGUGUGCGCUCGCUUGGCUCCGGUGACACUCAUUUCCGUAUUGAAGAAAAAUUUACCCGAAAAUGCAUCCGACGUCCUCGUGUGCAAACUGACACGGGAGAGUGGCGCCCCUUAUUAGCUAAUUGGUUGAUCUUUGGUCUCGCGACGAACGCCAAAUUUGCCUCUCGAAAUCCACCCCCUUUUUCCCCGAAGAAAAGAAAAAUUCCGAUCGGUGUUAGACGAAUUCCUGCUGGCCUACUAGUAUUUGUGCAGGCACAGAUCCCAAUGACGAGGCACAGAAAACAUUGCUAAGACCUGUCAGUCACCUGUCAGUCGCGUUCGUUUUCCCCUCCUUCCAGCGCUAAUGCCUAUAUGAGUUCUAAUUUCUAGUGUUGCCAAGGAUUAAUUCAUGUUCCUGUCGCCCUAUGCACUUCUACUUCAUCGCUCCGGGAAUAAGGUUGUGAUGGCAGGAUGGAUGACCGUGGUGAUGACGCGUAUAGUGAUGAUGACGUCACUGGCGAUGGUGACCCUCCCCCCGCCACCAGUCAACCCCUCCCCCCUCUCGCCCCCAUCGCUUCAUCGGUCUCACUAUUCAGGAUCGUUCUCGACCCAACGAAAACUGAAGAUUGAGCCCAGCGUGUGCAAAGGGCCGGCUGGGGAGCCGGGCAUAUGCAUGUUCAACUUCGAGUGCUACCAGAGGGGCGGUCACGUCGUAGGCACCUGCAUCGACGGGUUCCUCUUCGGAGCCUGCUGUGACUUACCGGGUGGAGGAGGAGAAGGAGAAGGAGUAGGAGGAGGAGUAAAACUCACAGCUUCAAAAGUGCCAUCAUCAUCAUCAUCGUCAGCUUCGUUGGACGGAAACCUCCUCCCGUUACAGAACGUGGAACUGGAGGCUGAGACUAGUUUAUUAGUGCCUUUGGAUAGAACGCCAGAGGAUUCACUUAGUAACGGGGGUAGUGGCGUAGGGGAAGACUCUGUAGUUGGCGACGCUAUAGAUAAACUUCCGAGCACGUUGGAUGCGGGCAAUGAGCUGGGUAGCUUCAACGGGGAGAGAAUUGUGCCGGGUAUCAUCGCCGUCAGUGCCCCUGGUCAGGAAGCAUUAGAGGAAGGGGUAUCAGGUCAUUCUGGGCAUCUGUCAAAGACAACCACUCAGGGAUUGACGCUUGCAACUGAAGCAUCAGUUGAUAUCAAUCAUUUAAGUUCAGCAGGAACUCCCAGCACGACAGAAAACCCUUCAACAACGGUAGCCGAUGCUCCAUCUACUGAACCGGUGUCCAAAUUCAACGGUGAGAGUGAGACUGGUAUCCCUGACGUUCUGGCUAACGGUGGCAUGAUAACGUUCACCGUUGUCGAGAGCGCCACUAAGGAAAAUGGAGACUUGGAGGAACUGCCUGACAACACUGAAAAAACCGUGUUGAUGACUCUGCCCGACGGGCAGGACGGUUUUGCCACUUACGAAAUCUCCAAAUACGACGUGACGGACCCACUCCUCGUGUACGAAAACACCGAAAACCCGGGACCGUUGACAGACGUGUCUGAUAAAGACGAACUUUACUUUGAGCCUAAACCGACGUCCCACAGACCGUACGUGAGACCGUUCACUGCGAAGAAGCCCGUCAAACAGAAGUUUUCGAAAACGACAACUCCUGCGUCUUUGCAGUGGAUCGAGGACUUUUCUCACUCGAUUUUCAGCAAGCCGGAUGAAACUCAGAUUCCAGACACUUCAGAUGUCAAUUACCUUUCUGAAACUACCGACGCUUCGUACAUAUCUAACAAUGAGAUCGACGAUUACACAACCCGCACGCCGUAUAAAACUACUACGUUAGACAUGUUGCCCGAAAUAUUUCAGACAGAGGAAGGUAAUGUACAAACGACAGAAAUGACUACAGUAACGACUACCUUGACGACUACCAGCCCACAAGAAACCACAACCCAGAAUCUGCCAGACACAGCAUCAAUAGACGCAACCACAGUUUCCGCUGAUAAGCCAGCCACGGAACCAAUAUUGAUUUGGACGCUAUCUCCCCAGCCUUCUAUCAUAAAUGCAAGACCGCCAGAAUCCGUCUUAUCUCUCUUGACUUCGACUCCAAAACCGACCUCUGAGAGACCUGCCCCAGAGGACAUCGACCCUUUGCUCUUCUGGACCGUGUCACCCCAGGUGCCAAUCAUGAGCAUAAAACCUCAGACGGUGCCAACGACUCGCCCGCCAUCACAAAAUGCUGCUGUCACCGAUAAACCGGAUUUAAAUGACCCCCUCGCAUUCUGGACUACGGCUAGACCAACCAGACCCAAACCAAGUGACACUGCAGUGUCAGAUGACUCGAAUGACUCGCUACUUAUGGUGUGGACAACAACACGCAGGCCAAUUCACACUUUACAGACUCUUAAGCUCUCGACUACUCCUACGCCUACUCGGGCACCUUCAAAAAUCACGACCUUGUCGACUGAAACCAGUAUCUCUGGAUUGGAGUCGGAUCUGACGCCAAUUAUCCCAGGCGACAUCCUGCAGGACAUAGCCGGGGAGGUUCUCAUUAAGCAGCGUAACACAACUGCUAAGCCUUGGGCGACAUCGACUUAUCCUAUCCACGCUGUUUCUCACGACGUUCAAGAUGGCAGCAGCGCAACUGGAAAUGACCAAAGCACUGCUAGUAGUACUAGUACUACUAGUGCCACCAAAUCUACAAGUACGACCACCAGGAAACCGACGACUAACACCACCAGACGACCUGGAGCACAGCCACCGGUCUCUAGAGGGACGACGACGACCACGACUCCAAGGACUACCACAGAGCCAACGACUGAGCAACCCAUAUCCCCCAUUGACCAGUUCAUCGUAGACUUCAUCAAUUCGUCUCCACCCGAAGAUCCCGUGACGGCAACAUCGACAUCGACUACGACGACGACGACAACAACGACAACGACAACAACAACAACAACAGAAAAACCCAUUUCCCCACCCAUUGAUUUCAACCUCUUAGCUCAGCUUUUCAACCUGACCAACUUCGUUCCUGGGGAGGACAUUGUCUACCCUGUGCCACCCGAGCUGACCUCGACCUCGACCAAAGCUCCGAGGCCGAAGCCCACCAGCAGACCCUCCCCCAAUCCCGUGACCAAUCGCAUAAAUCUGCCGGUCCUGACCUCUGCCCCUACCAAGGGAGCGACGACUACCGCUACGACGACUAGUACGACAACGACUACUUCCCCUACUACGACCCCCUCCACGACGACCAGAGUGUGGGAUUUUAAAACAACUUGUGGCGUUCGGCCCCUGGCCAGGGAGGGCAGGAUUGUCAAUGGGGAGAAGUCUGAUUUUGCCGAGUGGCCCUGGCAAGCCCUCAUCAAAGAGUCCACCUGGUUAGGGAUCUUCACGAAGAAUAAGUGUGGGGGUGUCUUGCUCAACAAGAAAUACGUCUUGACUGCCGCUCAUUGCCAGCCAGGAUUCCUGGCAUCACUCAUAGUGGUCCUGGGCGAAUGGGAUCUCUCUGACGACUACGAGCCGAAGAAGACGGUGCAGAGGAACGUGAAGCGAGUGAUUGUUCACAAGGGCUAUGUGGCCAAGACGUUUGACAACGAUUUGGCGCUCUUGGAGAUGGAGCGUCCGGUAACGUUCGACGAACACAUCGUGCCCAUCUGCAUGCCCCACGGGGACGAAGACUACACCGGCAUGAUUGGUUACGUCACUGGGUGGGGUCGACUUUCAUAUGGUGGCCCAGUGCCUACUCAGCUGAAUGAAGUACAAGUGCCAAUCAUCAAGAACAACCAGUGUCAGAAAUGGUUCCUAGAGGCAGGCCACAUGAAGACCAUCAAGAGUGAAUUCUUCUGUGCUGGGUACAAGGAAGGCAAAAGAGAUUCGUGUGAGGGAGACAGUGGAGGCCCUCUUUCGAUUCAGGGAGACGAUGGAAGAUGGUACCUUGCUGGUACCGUUUCCCACGGCAUCAAGUGCGCCUAUCCAAACCUCCCUGGAGUCUACAUGAAAAUGACGUAUUAUAAGCCAUGGAUAGAAAGCAUAACAGGUUAAAGUAGUUUAAGUGUAGGCUUGAAAAUUCUUCAAAAUGUGAGACAUUCGGAAAUUUUGUGACUGCAGAGAUGUCAGUGAUAACAGCAGCAUACGUGCUUUGGUAUGCUACAACAGUGACUGAGCAGAGUAAUCAGAAACUUAUGCUAAGGAAACCAAGUGACUAUGUGCAGUUUGUCGUAAUCAUACAAAAAUGGUGAUAGCCACACAAAUAUUAGCUUUUUAAAGUGUAUAAACUGAUGUACAUAUUUAUACUUGUAGCUAGUCUUCUUGGUAAGCUGUGUCACGCCUCUGUGUCCUUCAAGUUUAGUGUUUUAUUCUACUGUAUAGAAAUAAGAAAAUUGUGUAUAGUUAUACUGUAUUCUUUGUGAUAAAUGUGUCUCUUUUAAGCAUUUCUUUUGUGCAUACUCAGAACAAAUCUUCAGUCUUAUCAAUAGGAUAAUCUUCUAGCACCUGAUAGAACCUGGUUAACCAAGCUUACAGUGUUGGGAUAUGUACGAUAAUUACAGUACAAAUACGGUAAAUUUGGACACUACGGUAUACGGUAGUAUGCCCAAGUAUCGUACGUUUUGUACGGUAAUUUCGGGCUUUCCAUAAAAAAAAAUAUAUUAUUUAUUCUCAAUUUACUACUAACG